AUGUCCUCUAGGCCGAAGCGCACCCCCACCAUCACCCUGCAGGAGAACCAAUAUGUCCGCGAGGUCCUGCAUGCCCCCGAGCCCGCUCCGCCCGUUCCUGCCCGCUUCUUCUACACCAGCCCACUCGCCAUCGACGACCCGCUCAGUCCGCUACCGCCUCCCGUCACCGGCUCCUCCGCCCCGCACAGAGAGCCUCCCCGGCCCUUCUCCGUCUACGAUAAUCUCCAGCUGGAGCAGGAAUGGCUGGACCUGCGCAAGAAGCUGUUGAAGCACAGUGAGGAGCAGGGCAGCGAGAAGCAGCAGCAGCAGCAGGAUCGCUCUCGCCCGGGCUCUUCCAAGAAGAAUGCCUUGGAGUUGAGCGCUCAGGAUGCCCGGAGAAGAGGCUACACUAUUCCCGAGGGCCGUGAAAUCAUAAACAAGAGGGGCCAGUCGUCGCGUCCCUCGGGCUCCUACUCGUGGGACGACCGGACCAAGGACGACGACAAGGACUUCAGGACGCAGCCUACUCUUUCCGGCUCGCUGCGCACUCUGGACCCUGCCGAUCUCGAAGUUGUGCUUGACCACGGAGCUACCACCGGCACUCCCUUUGUCAGAGCUCCGUCGCGAAGAAGUGUCCCGCGCCCUCUGAUCCAACCCCACGCCGACAGCUACAACUGGGCCGACGACGACGCCCUGGCCAUGCCUUCGCCUCGGAGCUCCAAGAGAGACAGCAAGGUCGAGCCAAAGCCGAGCGGCCCCUCCGCCAAGGUCCCCGUCGGCGUCUCGAGGCUCCACGAGGUAGUCAUGCCCGGUCUUCAGAUGGAACCAAUCUACUGGUCCCCGCUAAAUGACGCUGCCCCAGUCAUCCGAGGUACCUGGUUCUACACCGAUACCAUGCUGCCGGUCGAGCCCGAAGUCGCCAACCUCCUUGAGGCCGGCUACGGCUCCCUGCAACCCUGGACACAAACAUGGAGGGAUGAGCUCGACUGCUCCGUCGAAGUGGGCGCAGUGGGCGAGAUGAAGAUAGUCCAUUCUCUGUGGCCCGAGAAGCAACCGAAGCCAUCCAAGCGCAAUUCGGAGAGCAGGCCAAGCACUUCAAGAGGUGAAAUGGUUGUCCAAACUGCCACCGAGGACGAGCCUUCGCCGGAAAAGGAGCGAGAGGAGAUAGUUGAACACGCACGAGACAUGAUCGAUAUUUCGAGCGGCCCGGAGGGACCGGACAAUAAAGCUUCUGGAACUGCCACAUAUGGGAGAGAUGGUCGGAAGCGCCUCUAUCUUGAUGCAAAGGUAAUCUAUUCAGACGAAAAGAACGCCUACCUCCUCCGGCCGAGUCUCCAACCUUCCGACUACUACGGCCGGCGACCCCUGGCAAAUUACAUCCGCAAGGGCCGCAAGAUUGGCAUCCAAGUCACCCGUGGAUUCGACCAACAGAUCUGGGAUAAGCUCCACCCGGUGCAAAAGACGGCAGCUUCGGAGAAGGCUAGGGAAGGCGUGUCGACCUCACAUGGAGGCGCGCCUCCCAAGCGCAGAGCUCAGAUGGACGCCUCUCUUGCUCAUUCCGAACGGCCCGUCGUGACGGACCUGGUCCUUGUAAUUCAUGGCAUCGGUCAAAAGCUGUCGGAGCGUAUUGAAAGCUUCCACUUCACCCAUGCAAUCAAUGCGUUCCGGCGAGAGAUGAACGUUGAGCUGGGAACAGACAGCGUGAAGUCCAACCUAAGAGAUGACAUGGGCGGCAUCAUGGUCUUACCGGUCAACUGGAGGCUGAGCCUGUCUUUCGAAGAUGGCGGAUACCGAGACCGCGACGAGGAGGAAGACCCUGCUUCAAAUCAGUACACGCUGAAGGACAUAACCCCGGACGCGUUGCCUUCGGUGAGGAACAUCAUCAGCGACGUCAUGCUUGACAUUCCUUACUACUUGUCAAUGGAGCAUCAUACGAAGAUGAUUGCCGCGUGCAUAAGAGAAGCCAAUCGCAUCUAUCGGUUGUGGUGUGCCAAUAAUCCCGGCUUCUCGCACUGGGGAAGAGUCCACAUAAUUGCGCACUCGUUGGGGAGUGUCAUGGCUUGUGAUGUUCUAAGUCACCAACCGACAUACGUUGAUCGAGCCUGGGCCGACCCGAAGACGGCCGAGGAAGACCUUCCGACUGACCAUUUCGUGUUCGACACGACAAAUCUUUUCCUCUGCGGUAGUCCGGCCGGGUUUUUCCUCUUGCUCAAAAAAGCCUCGCUGCUCCCCCGCCAUGACAGACAAAAGCCCGGCGGCCAGUUCCCAUACAGUCCCGGCGUUGCUGGGGACGCCGACACAUAUGGGUGUCUCGCCGUCGACAAUGUUUACAACGUCGUUAAUCCCUAUGACCCCGUAGCAUAUCGUCUCAACGCGACCGUGGACGCCAAUUACGCCCAGAGUCUGAGGACUGCCUUCGUACCUAGCUCCAACACAUCAUGGCUGAGCUUUGGCAACCCCUUCCGCCGCUCCGCCGACUCGACUGCAGCCUUCAGGGCCAGCAUGCCGCGUAUGCCCUCCAACGUAGAGCUCGAAACACACAAUUUUACACGUGAAGAAAUAGCCGAAGAACGCGCCUAUGCGCUCAACGACAACGGCCAGAUCGACUACUUCAUGAAGUACGGAGGCGGCCCGCUCGAAAUCCAAUAUCUGACCAUGCUGGGCGCGCACAGCAGCUACUGGAUCUCGCGAGACUUCGUCAGGUUGAUUGUGACCGAAGUGGGCAGACCGUUUGGCAAGGACGGGACCACCAUCUCCAUGAGAGCGGUCAAGAGGAAGAUUGAACGAUAG